AUGGGAUACUCAUCCACUUCUGGGCUGACAACUUCUGUCAACUUCGCCACGCUCCUAGCUGGAUGCGCUUUUCUCGGCCUGGUAAUAUCUAUGCCUAUACUCUUCACUGUCAUGAAUAACAUAGAAGAGGAACUGCUAGCAGCACGACUUGUCUACAAUGAAAUGGCCGACACCAUGUGGAAGGACCUCAUUUACGAAGGAGAAAUGAUUCGCAGAACGCCGCGACAGACUUACCGCGAAGGAUUUGAGGUAAGCAAAGGAGAAGGUGCAGCUGGAGGAGGAAAUGGAGCCAGCAAUAGCAAUGGAGGAGUAGGAACCGGAGGAGGAAGUGAAGGCAGCACUGGCCACGGAGGA